AUGGCAACGGAUGAGACUAAUCCGUCAACUUGGGUUCGCCUCAAUGUGGGAGGAAAACUUUUCUGCACUACUAUUGGUACACUGACUCUCCGCGAGCCUGAUUCGAUGCUAGCUGCAAUGUUUAGCGGUCGUCACACUUUGAAGCUUGAAGAUGGGCAUGUUUUGAUUGACAGAGAUGGUGAUUAUUUUGGGUUUAUUCUUAAUUGGUUAAGAGAUGGUGAUGUUCCUGCUGCUUUAGAAACUCAUCAGUACAAACAACUUAUAAAAGAGGCAGAUUACUUCCAGCUACGUGGUCUAAAAGAUGGAAUACAUAUUAGUGACUUUACUCGGUUGGAGAUCAUAAAAUGUAUACAGUUGUCAGUCAAAACAUUUCGAGGUGUUAAUCUUUCUGGCGUCGAUCUAUCCAAACUAGAGUUGUCAAGGACAGAUUUCGUCUAUGCAUGUUUGCAAAAUGUAUCCUUCUCAUUGGCAGAUCUUCAGGGUGCGUGCUUUGAGGACGUUGAUGCCGAGGGUGUCGUCUUUGACAGUGCAAAUCUGGAGGACUGUAAAUUUGUCAAGUCAAAUAUCCGGGGAUCUUCUUUCGUUGGUGCUAGACUGACUGAGGGGAAUCUAAUAAGUGCAUGUUUAAGCAGCUGCAACAUUGUUGGGGCAGUUUACUCUGAUGAAACCGGUGUUGAUCCUCGGGACAUUGAUUUGGUCAUGACACAGGCUGAGGUAUCGAGGAGCAAGGCAGUCAAGGCUCUCAAGACUCACAACGGGGACAUUAUCAGUGCUAUCAUGGAGCUCACCAAUUACUAG